AUGGCUGAGGCCUCUACUGCGCUGAGGAGCACCUUCUCUAAGCAGCUCCUCUUCUUCCUACUGGUUCUAAUAUUAUUCUGUGAUGCUUGUAAGAAAAUUUCUCUUCGAGUUCCUUCUGAUCUUAAAGCUGAAACACUUGUAGGCAAAGUGAAUCUGGAGGAGUGUCUCAAGUCUACCAGCCACAUCAAGUCCAGUGACCCUGACUUCAGAAUUCUAGAAGAUGGCUCCAUUUACACAAAGCAGGACCUCACUUUGUCUUCUAAAAGGAAGAAAUUUUUCAUUUUCCUCUCAGAUAGUCAGAGACAGGAACAGAUAGAGAUUGAGCUUGUCCCUGAAGCAAGGGUAAACAAGAUCCAUAAAAGGAGAAACAUUAAAGACACAAGCCUUACGCGCAGCAAGAGACGAUGGGCUCCUAUACCAUGUUCCCUAAUGGAAAACUCACUAGGCCCUUUCCCACAACACAUCCAACAGAUCCAGUCAGACUCAGCACAGAAUUACACCAUCUUUUACUCCAUAAGUGGACCUGGAGUAGACAAAGAGCCCUUCAAUUUGUUCUACAUAGAUAGAGACACGGGGGACAUGUAUUGUACACGAAGCAUAGAUCGUGAGGAGUAUCAACAGUUUGCGCUAUAUGGCUAUGCAACAACCGCAGAAGGUUAUGCUACUGAGAAUAUACUUCCCAUCCUUGUAGUCAUUGAAGAUGAUAAUGAUAAUGCACCAUACUUUGAAACCAAGUUAACAACGUUUAGUGUACCUGAAAAUUGCAGAGCUGGAACAUCAGUGGGACAAGUUACCGCCAUAGAUGAUGAUGAACCUGGCACCUUACAUACUCGUCUGAGAUAUAAAAUCUUACAACAAAUCCCAGAACAUCCAAGGCAUUUCUCUAUACAUCCAGAUACAGGUGUCAUCACAGCACUUACAUCUCUCCUGGACAGAGAAGUCUGUGAUACAUACAAGAUAAUAAUGGAAGUACGAGACAUGGGGGGCCAACCUUUUGGCUUAUUUAACACAGGAACUAUCACUAUUUCACUUUUGGAUGAAAAUGACAAUUCACCAGUAUUCACAGAAACUUCUUAUUAUGCAGAGGUAGAAGAAAACAGAAUUGAUGUUGAGAUUUUACGAAUGUCGGUACGUGACAACGAUUUGCCCAACACACCCCACUCGAAGGCUGUGUACAUGAUUAUACAGGGAAAUGAAAAUGGAAACUUCAAAAUUUCCACCGAUCCAAAUACAAAUGAAGCAGUCUUGUGUGUUGUCAAGCCAUUGAACUAUGAACACAGCCGCCAAGUUACUUUGCAAAUCGGUGUGCUUAAUGAAGCACAAUUCUCUAAAGCAUCAAACUCCCAAGCUCCUACUAUGUGCACUACAACUGUCACUGUUAAAAUCAAAGACAGUGACGAGGGCCCGGAAUGCCAGCCGCCGGUCAAGGUUAUUCAGAGUAAAGAUAACCUCGCAGCGGGCACCGAGCUCUUUGGCUACAAAGCAGUGGACCCAGACACACGCAGCAGUGAAGGCUUAAGGUAUACGAAGGUCGGAGAUGAAGAUAACUGGUUUGAAAUUAAUGAACUAACCGGCGACUUGAAAACGCUGAAAGUACUCGACAGAGAAUCCAAGUUCGUAAAAAAUGACCAAUACAAUAUUUCCGUGAUCGCGAGGGAUGCAAGUGGUAGGUCUUGCACUGGAACAUUAGUAGUUCUUUUAGAAGAUGAAAAUGAUCACCCACCAGAGAUCAAAAAAGAGUUGACAAUUUGUCGCCAUGACAAAGAGUUUGCUGUUCUGGAACCUGUGGAUCUAGAUGGGCCUGACAAUGGUGCACCCUUUCAGUUCACUUUGGACAACUCUGCCAGCAGAUUAUGGACUAUUGAAGCAAAGGAUGGUAAAACUGCCAUUCUUCGUGAACGGACCCCUCUUGAUUACAACUAUUAUUCUGUGCCAAUCCAAAUAAAAGACAGACAUGGCUUAGCUGCAAAGCAAGUGCUGUCGGUGAGAGUAUGUGACUGCACGACCCCGUCUGAUUGUAGGAUGAAUGUGAUAGAUGUAAGAGACGCGGAGAUGUCCAAUGUCAUCCUCGGGAAAUGGGCUAUUCUUGCCAUGGUGUUGGGAUCGGCAUUGCUGUUGUGUAUUCUGUUUACAUGUUUCUGUGUUACUACUGCGAAGAAGACAGUGAAAAAAUGUUUCCCAGAAGAUGUGGCCCAACAGAAUUUAAUUGUAUCAAAUACCGAAGGACCUGGAGAAGAAGUGAUGGAGGCAAAUAUUCGACUCCCUACUCAAACUUCCAACAUUUGUAACACGAGCCUUAGUGGUCAAGGAAUCAAGACGCAGCAAAGUUUUGAAAUGGUUAAGGGAGGCUACACUCUGGAGUCUAACAAAGGAGGUGGACACCAGACCUUGGAGUCCAACAAGGGAGCAGGACAGGGUGUAACGGACACUGGCAGAUACGCGUAUUCAGACUGGCACAGCUUCACCCAACCUCGUCUUGGUGAAAAGGUGUAUCUCUGUGGCCAAGCGGAGGAACACAAGCAUUCGGAAGACUACAUUCGUUCAUAUAACUACGAAGGGAAGGGGUCCCUGGCUGGCUCUGUAGGCUGCUGUAGCGACCGACAGGAAGAAGAGGGCCUUGAGUUUCUCGAUCAUCUGGAACCCAAAUUCAGGACACUAGCAAAGACAUGUGUAAAGCAGUAA